AUGGCGACGCCGGACAGUACAAUUGCUUUCAUCGGGCUCGGAGUGAUGGGUUAUCCCAUGGCUGUCAACUUGCGUUCAAAGUUGCCGUCAACGUAUACCCUCCUCAUCUGCGACGUUUCUUCCAGCGCCAUAUCCAAGUUCCAAUCUCAAAUGUCCGGGAAAGGGCCUGUCGAGGUGGUGACAAGUGGGUUUGAAGCAAUACAACGAGCAAACACACUGAUAACUAUGCUUCCCACGGCCUCGUCUGUAGAGACGGUCUACUUAGAUCCCUCGACGGGGGUCAUCCCUGGCGCGAUCGAGGCUUCCAAAUCGAGCCCUCAGAAAAAGCUGAUCAUGGAAUGUGGAACCAUCGAAACAGCCACGAUCCUCAAGGUGGCCAAGGCGGCGGCUGACGCAUCCUCAAAACUCGCCUCGGGUGCAACCCUGGACUUUGUUGACGCUCCUGUAUCCGGUGGGCCCAUGGGUGCAGAGGCUGGGACGCUUACCUUCAUGGUCGGUGCGACGGCGUCGGACCCUUUUGAACAUGCAAAGAAUUACCUUCAGCACAUGGGAAAGAAAGGUAGCAUUUUCCACUGCGGCAAUGUCGGGGCCGGAACUGCAUUUAAGGUCAUCAAUAACUACUUGUCUGCCGUUACCAGUCUUGCUGCGAGCGAAGCGCUCAACAUUGGUGCUAAAAUGGGCCUUGACCUUAAACUUCUCACUGAUGUUAUCAACGUUUCUGGCGGGCAAUGUUGGGUAACAAGUCAAUCGAAUCCGGUGCCAGGAAUCCACGCCAACGCGCCGGCCAGUCGAGGGUAUGAAGGUGGAUUCCGUAUUGAGCUAUGUAAACACGUGCUGGAGAUGGGGAGUUCUCUGGCAGAAAUGGUCGGUGCAAGAACGAUCUUGGAUAAACCCACCCUCAGCGCGUUUGAUGAAGCAAUGAACGAUGAGAGAUAUAAAGGGAAAGAUGCUAGGGUCGUUUACAAAUGGCUGAACGAGAGUCAACGGUAG